GGUUUGAGAUAGUUGUAGUUUCACAAAAAUGUCUUUAGCCGACGAGUUACUAGCAGAUCUAGAAGAAAAUGAUCAUGAUGAGCUUGACGAACCAAUGGAAGCGGAAAAUGAAGUUGAAGAGGAGGAUGAAAAACCAGACAUCAAAGAAAUAUUAUUGGAACAAGAUACAACACAAAUACAUUCAGUACGGGAACUUUGCAAACUCAGAGAUUCAGAAAAGCUUAUGAAAAUCAUAACUGAAAUAAAUAAAUAUGUCUCAAAACUCAGAAGAGCAGUUGAUAUUGUUGGACCAGUGGAAUCUGAUCCUGAAUAUCAAUUGAUAGUUGAAGCAAAUAACAUAGCUCAAGAUGUAGAUAAUGAAAUUGUUACUGUUCAUAAGUUUGUACGUGACAAAUAUCAGAAAAGGUUUCCUGAGCUUGAUUCAUUGGUAGUCAGUCCAUUGGAAUAUGUUCGUACUGUAAAGGAACUUGGUAAUGAUUUGGACCAAGCUAAGAAUAAUGAGGUACUACAACAAUUUUUGACUCAAGCCACCAUAAUGGUUGUUUCUGUAACUGCUUCUACAACUCAAGGCACUUUGCUGACAAAAUAUGAAAAAGAACAAAUUGAUGAAGCAUGUGAUAUGGCCAUGGAUCUCAACAACUUCAAGCUUCAAAUAUAUGAGUAUGUUGAAAGCAGAAUGGCAUUCAUAGCUCCCAACAUUUCUGUUAUUCUGGGUGCUUCAAUAGCAGCAAAGAUUCUUGGCAUAGCAGGAGGAUUAACAAGGCUUUCCAAAAUACCAGCUUGUAAUGUUUUACUGCUUGGUCAGCAAAAGAAAUCUUUAUCAGGCUUUUCCCAGACAACUAUGUUACCCCAUACAGGAUUUGUGUUUUAUUCAGAAAUUGUGCAAAAUACUCCACCAGACAUGCGUCGCAAAGCCGCCCGCCUGGUGGCAACCAAGUGCACUCUGGCGGCGCGCGUCGACGCCUGCCACGAAAGCGCCGACGGCCGCGUGGGGCGGCAGCUGCGCGACGAGAUCGAAAGGAAGCUGGACAAGCUGCAGGAACCGCCGCCCGUCAAGUUCGUGCGGCCGCUGCCGAAGCCGAUCGACCAGUCGAAGAAGAAGCGCGGGGGGAAGCGCGUGCGCAAGACGAAGGAGCGGUACGCCAUGACGGAGUUCCGGAAGCACGCUAACAGGAUGAACUUUGCCGAUAUAGAAGAUGAUGCUUACCAAGAAGAUUUGGGGUACACAAGAGGCACAAUAGGAAAAGCUGGGACUGGGAGAAUUAGACUGCCACAAGUAGAUGAAAAGACUAAAGUUAGGAUAUCCAAAACCUUGCAGAAGAAUUUACAGAAACAACAAAUAUGGGGCGGCAGCACAACUGUUAAGAAACAGAUAUCUGGUACAGCUUCUAGUGUUGCUUUCACCCCUCUACAAGGUUUGGAAAUAGUGAAUCCACAGGCAGCUGAAGUAAAAGUGAAUGAAGGGAAUGCAAAAUACUUCUCCAAUACAUCUGGAUUCCUCAAAUUAGAUAAGAAAUGAACUAUGUAUUACUAAUAAAUAAUU